AUGUCCGCGACAGUGGACAACACCGAGGCUAAUACCUCCCCUCCAAAAGAGUUCACGCUUCGCUCGACGAUUGCGCUGAUUGGAGCCUUCAUGGCUCUCUUCUGUACCCUGGGGUUCCAGAACGCUUUUGGGGUCUUCCAGGCAUUCUAUCAUGCCACCAUACUGCGCGAUCAUUCUGAGUUCGAUAUCGCCUGGAUUGGCUCCCUAUUGACGUUCAUGAUUUUUUCCUUUGCAGCGCCUGCGGGCGUCCUGGUGGAUCGGGUUGGUCCCACAGGAGCUGUAUCAGUUCCUACUAGCCCAAGGUAUACUGCUAGGUAUCGGCAACGCUUCCUGCUCUGUCCGGCUAUGGCUACCGUCACCCGUCUAUUUGAUCGCCACCGCGGUGCCGCCAACGGAAUCAUGAUCGCCGGGUCCUCCAUCGGCGGUAUCAUCUGGCCCAUCAUGCUUGAUCAGCUGCUCAACAAGGACGGCGUCAGCUUUGGCUGGACCUUCCGCAUCGUUGGCUUUGUGGUGCUUCCCCUAUGUCUCUUGAUGGUCGCAACCAUCCGCCCGGCUCCCAAGACACCGCACGAUUCGGACAGGGAGGGGGUACAGCUGUCGCACGGCGAGUCAGCGAGCGACCAUAAGGCGCAAGGCGCAGAAGGGCCGGCGUCAAUUAUCAAGAACCCGACCUUCCUCAUCCUCUGCGCCGGUCUCUCGGUAGCCACCUUCGGCCUCUUCAGCCCGCUCUUCUUCAUCUCCACCUACGCCGCCGAGCAAGGUUUGUCCGUAAGCCUGGCCUUUUACCUCGUGUCGAUGCUCAACGGCGCCUCCAUGGCCGGGCGGAUCUCCACGGGCUUUCUGGCCGAUCGUUACGGGAACUUCAACCUCUGCUUCUUGACGAUUGCCUCCUCCGGGUUGAUUGCCAUGUGCUGGACCAAGGCCGCGAACACAGUCGGCAUCAUCUUCUUUGCCCUAGCCUAUGGAUACACGUCCGGGGCCAUGUUCAGUCUCCAAACCCCGUGUGCCGCCCAGCUCUCGACGCCUGAGUCGAGGGGGGCUGCCGUCGGCAUUCUCUUUGUCGCGCCAGCAAUUCCCGGACUAGUCGGCACCCCCAUUAGCGGGCGCCUACUCAAGCACGGCUAUCUGGCCCUUUCGAUGUAUUCGGGGGCGGCGUUGUUGGCUGGAGCGGGCUUGGUGCUGAUCGCACGCUGCGCCAAAACACCAAGCUGA